AUGUAAUCUGUAAUUGGAUCAAUUGAUUCUUCAACAACAGGUACUAGAUUCACUAUUUGCAAUUUGAAUGGUGAAUAACUAAGUUAUCAUUAUAUAACUCAUAAACAAAUUACUCCUCAUCAAGGAUGGUUAGAACAUGAUCCAAUAGAGAUAUUAAAUAAUACAAUUGAAUGUAUUAAAUAAGCAUAUAAGAAAAUGAAUGGACUACAUAAAUUAGUAACAAUUGGAGUAACAAAUUAAAGAGAAACUGUUGUUGCAUGGAAUAAAAAUACUGCAAUACCAUAUAUGAAUGCAAUUGUAUGGAGUGAUACAAGAACACAUGAUAUUUGCUAAGAAUAUUUAAAUAAAUAUCCAAAGAAUUAUUUUUAAUAAAAAACUGGAUUGCCAAUUAAUACAUAUUUUAGUUCAUAUAAAUUAUAAUGGAUGAUUUAAAAUAAUCAAACUCUUAAAGAUGAUAUUAAUUAAGGUAAUGUUUUAUUUGGAACUAUUGAUUGUUGGUUAGUAUGGAAUUUGACAAGGGAAUAAAAUCAUUUAACAGAUGUAACAAAUGCAUCAAGAACUAAUUUAAUGAAUUUACAUACUCUUUAAUGGGAUGAUGAAUUAUUAAAGUAAGAAUUUAUAUUUAUAUAUAUUAAGUUAAUUUAACAUUUCUAAAGGUUGUUUACCUCAAAUUAAAGCAUCUAAUAGUAAUUUUGGUACAUUAAAAAUUGAUGAAUAUGAAGGAGUACCUAUUAAUUGUGUUUUGGGUGAUUAAUAAGCAGCAGCUAUUGGUCAUGCAUUAUUUCAUGAAGGAGAUUGCAAGAAUACACAAGGAAGUGGUCUUUUUAUUAUGGCAAACAUUGGAUAAGAAAUUAAAAUCUCAGAAUAUGGUUUAUUAACUACAGUCUUAUAUUAAAAAGAAAAUGAGAAACCUAUUUAUGCUUUUGAAGGUGCUGUUGAAAGUGGAGGUUAAUUAUUUAAUUGGGCAAAAGAUAAAUUAUAAUGGUUUGAUAAUUGGGAAUAAUUGAGUUAAAGUACAGUAAAUACAGAAGAUAAUGGAGGAGUAUAUAUAGUACCAGCUUUUAGUGGAUUAUUUACACCAUUUUGGAAUUUUGAUGCAACAGGAACAAUAAUUGGUUUAAGUUAUUACACUACAAAAGAUCAUCUAAGAAGAGCUAUAUUAGAAUCAGUUUGUUAUAGAACAAAAGAUGUAAUAAAAGCUAUGGAACUAUCAGGAAUUAAGAUUAAUAAGAUUCAUGUAGAUGGAGGAUUAACUAAGAAUAAGGAAUUAAUGUAAUUGUAAGCAGAUAUUACAUAAAAGAAAUUAGUUUAUCCAGAAAUAAUUGAAUCUACUGCUUCAGGAGCUGCAAUGUUUGCUGGAGUAGGAUUGAAAUUAUUAACAGAAUAAGAGAUUAUUUAGAAUAUGAAGGUCUAAUAGAUUUAUGAAGGUAAAAAGUCAUAUGAUAAACAAUAUAAAUAAUGGGAAUUAGCAGUUAAUUGUGCAUUGUAAUUUAAAAAGAUUGAAUGAA